AUGAUUGCUGACCAACAACCUGACACCACUGCACUGAUGCAACAACGAGCCACCACAACUGAUGUCACUACACUGAUGCAACUACAACGAUGCCAUACAGCUGAUGACUCUAACAACGAUCUGAUGCACCCACAACUGUUGUCACUACAACCGAUGUCACUACGGCUGAUUCCACAGCAACGGGUUUCACGCCUGAAACAACCAACGACUGUUUGCCACACAGGUGACUCUGCCACAACUGGCUCCACAACCACAGGUGACUCUGCCACAACUGGCUCCACAACCACAGGUGACUCUGCCACAACUGGCUCCACAACCACAGGUGACUCUGCCACAACUGGCUCCACAACCUCCGCCCCCAGCACGACACCGCCUCAGGACCGCAUCGACGCCGAAGACUUGCUGACCAGGUACAUCCAGUUCCUCAGCGACGCCACAGCCCCUGUCGACGACGAAAACGCUGACCAAAUAGACAGCGGCACCGUCAGCGCCAACAGCUUCAUCGAAGAGUUCGACGACCUGAUCGACCUGAUCGCGCAGACGGGGAAGAGGAUCACGGACGGAACCAGGGCGCUGCUGCCACGAGCCCGAGGCGACACGCAGCAGCUGCUGGACAGGAUCAACAACGGCCGCAUAGCUAUCCGAGAGGAGGUUGAGCGGCUGAAUCCACUCGCUGAAAACACAAUUACCCUUUCACACAUUGGCACUUAA